AACACCCAUCAACCUCCCAGGCUCCUCUUUGUGGAGCUGGGGAACGCAGCAGAGGCCAGUGGCGGAGAAGGGGUAGCUCGAGAGUGAAGAAAUCACUCAACGGCGGAAAUGAAAUCAGAGACAUUGACAUUGGUGCUGGUAAAUUUUGCCGGUAUCAUGGAGAGAGCCGACGAGUCUUUGCUGCCGGGAGUGUACAAGGAGCUGGGUUCUGCCCUUCACACCGACCCCACUGGUCUCGGCUCCCUCACUCUCUUUCGCUCCAUCGUUCAAUCCUCCUGCUACCCUCUCGCGGCCUACCUUGCCGCGCGUCACAACCGCGCCCACGUCAUCGCCGCCGGCGCUUUCCUCUGGGCCGCUGCCACCUUCCUCGUCGCCGUCUCCUCCACCUUCUUUCAGGUUGCCGUCUCAAGAGGUCUAAAUGGGAUUGGACUUGCCAUAGUCAUACCUGCGAUUCAGUCCCUUGUUGCUGAUUCAACUGAUGAGAGCAACCGUGGUAUGGCUUUUGGAUGGCUUCAACUAACAGGAAACCUUGGUUCCAUUAUUGGUGGGCUUUGUUCUGUACUAAUAGCCCCAACUACAUUCAUGGGUAUCUCUGGUUGGAGAAUUGCAUUUCAUCUCGUUGGGAUAAUAAGUGUUAUAGUUGGCAUUUUGGUCCACCUCUUUGCCAGUGAUCCAAGAUAUUCUAACAGCGAUGAUAAACAUCAAAAUCAAAAUACCCAUAAAAGCUUUUGUUUGGAAGUUAAGGACCUGGUUAAAGAAGCAAAGUCGGUUAUGAGAAUCCCUUCAUUCCAGAUUAUCGUGGCCCAAGGUGUCUCUGGUUCAUUCCCCUGGUCGGCUUUAUCAUUUGCACCCAUGUGGUUGGAGCUUAUUGGCUUUUCUCAUGGAAAAACAGCUUUUCUAUGGACCAUCUUCGUGGUUGCUGGUUCACUUGGCGGUCUUUUUGGAGGAAAGAUGGGGGAUAUCCUUGCUCAACGCUUUCCAAAUUCUGGGAGAAUAAUUCUUUCACAGAUUAGCUCAGGAUCAGCCAUCCCUUUAGCAGCAGUGCUCCUACUGGUACUCCCUGAUGAUCCAACAACAGCAUUCAUGCAUGGAUUGGUUUUGUUCAUCAUGGGAUUGAGCAUAUCGUGGAAUGCUCCAGCAACAAACAAUCCUAUAUUUGCAGAGAUAGUCCCUGAGAAAUCUCGAACAAGCAUUUAUGCUUUGGAUCGAUCUUUUGAGACCAUACUAGCAUCGUUCGCUCCUCCUGUUGUUGGGGUCUUGGCGCAGCAUGUCUAUGGAUAUAAACCAAUUCCCAAAGGCUCGUCAGACUCUGUAGAGAUUGAAACAGACAGAAAGAAUGCCAGAUCACUUGCUAAGGCACUUUACAGUGCAAUUGGCAUUCCAAUGGCGAUCUGUUGCCUGAUCUAUUCCUUCUUGUACUGCACUUAUCCAAGAGAUCGAGAGCGGGCAAAGAUGCAUGCACUAAUAGAAUCAGAGUUGCAUCGGAUAGAGGCAGAAAAUACUCCUUCAGGGGAAGAACACUCUCAAGUUUUUGUUUCGGAGUCACAGAGGCUGAGUGAAAAGGAAAGCGGCGUGGUUGAAAUAGAUUACGGUGGGGAUGAGCAUCAUGAUUUUGAUGACAACGAUGAGAAGAGGCUACUUUCUCAUCCGCAACACAUUCAAAUGUAAGAGAAUAGUUGACACUACAAACAGAAGCAAGUUCUUGUGAUAGCUUCUCCAAAACCAAACUGGGUUGCCACAAGGAAUUCGUCAGGAUGCAUUUUCUAUUUUAGUACGUUCUUUCACUGGCUUUUCAAAUUUAUACCUGAAGGAUUUUAUCUUUAUAAUGUGCUAUUUCCACUUUUUUAUUUCCAUACUCAUUCUUUGAGAGACGAGUAGAUUAGCAUCUUCUAUGAUCUGAAUUUUAGGUGACUUUUGUAUUGAUGUGCACU